GUUCUCAAUCACAGUCAGUAACACAACAAGGACAACAAUCUCAACCAUCUCAGCGAACAUCAGCAUUUAUGACUGAAAGCAGCAUGGCAGCCAUACAUAUAGAAGGAUAUCCACCUCCUGCAGGAGCUGUGCCUGUGGUAGCUGGAGGUCAGCCAACUAACCAGCAAAGGUACUACAUGUGGGGUCCACCUCCACCAUAUUCCAACCCCAAUUCACCAGCACGCAGUGCUGCUAACAAUCCACCACCCCCAGCCCCUGGGGGAGCCCAGCCUCUUCUCAGUCUUCUGGCUCCCGGAUCUGGUGCGGCAACUGGUGCAGCAUCUCAAGGUUCUGGUGUAACACCUACCGGGUCAGUUAGCCCUCGAUAUCAUCAUUUUCAGCAUCACCAUCAUCUCCAUCACCAUCAUCACCACUGUCAGCUGCAGGCACAGCAACAACAGCAACAGCAGCAACUGCAAACCCAGGGAGCUCAAACCCUCACACAGGGCGAGGUGCUGGUUGGAGGAACUGGUCUUCUUAAACACUUGCAACAACAGAGAAAUCGUACAUGCCCUCAGGGUGGCCUUCGUCGCUUCCCAGAAGGUUCUGGUCACUGCUUUGAAGAUGUCUCCUCUUCUUCUGGUGAUGUGGCAUCUUCAGACUGCAAAAACACUUCCACAUCAGUGGAAAAUUACAUGAAUGCAAGUGAAGCUGAAUUGGCAUCAGCGGAUAUUUCUGAAACCAACACCGAUUCCUCUGGUAGUAAGGAUCGUGCUUCCAACACAUUGCCGGCGCGCAAAGCCAAGAAAAGACUAGAUAUCUCUUCAGUAAAAUCAGUAGCAAAUAUUCCCUACUCACUAGGUCCUGGAGCACCUGCGGCUUAUCCCAGUGCAGGAAACCUGCAGGGAAUGUUCUCUCCUGGACAGCGAGACAGCAAGAUGAGCAUUGAAGAGGAAUUCCAUCACAAUGGAGAAGAUUCUAACGGAAAUCCAGCAGGUUCACACUCUCAUUAUAUGUCUGGCAUCACAAAUACAGCUUUUCAGGAUCAAGAAGGACAAGCUUCAUCCAAGAGCGACCAGACAGAAUCAGAAGUAUACUUUGCUGAUGUGUCAUCAUGCUGCAAUGUAUCUGUGCGAAAUGAUGGUCAAGAUUCUUCUUUAUAUGAUGAAGCUGUUGAUCCUCAGAAGAGACUGAUGAUCUUGAAUCGGGAUGGAAGGAAUAGAGUCACCGGCAUUCCUCCUGGUGGUCAGUUUCCAGCUCAUCAUCAUGAUCACCAUUCACACCAUCAUCCUCUUCUUGGGACUGAAAAUUCAAUGAUGAAUUGUGUGGGUAAUGAAGAUGCACAAGUUUCUGGUGGAUGCUUUUCAUAUCCUCGUCAGGGCUCAUGUAAUCGAAUGCCAUAUGCUCUUGUACGACACCCUAUGGAAACAGUAGAGGACAGAAUGUGUGGGCAGGUCUGCAGUAGGGACUAUCUUGGUCAGGUCACAAAAGAUCCAAGUGUAUCCAGUGGAAAUGGAACUCCAUUGACAGAAACUGCUUCUCCUAUGUCUGUUUCCACUUCUUCACCGUCACCUGGAAGUUAUCCACCUGAAGGUAUUGUUAACUGUGUCACUUUCUAUCGGGAAGGUACUGUAUUAGUAGGUGAAAAAGAUUCUACUAAUAUGUGCAGUGGAACAGAUAUGUAUCCUCCAGUGCAUAAGCCAUCACAAGGACAGACUCAGCAACGGAAUGUGGAAUAUAGUGACAAUCACUUUCUUGCUCCAGAUGCACAAUAUGAAACAAUAUCCUCUCAGCCUCAGCAAUAUCCAUGCCAUUUGCAAAAAGUGUUUGCAGGCCGUGAGGACUUUAAUGGUAAUACUCCUCCGAACAGUCCUGGAAGAGGGAAAGUGAUGACAUCUUCUCCAUCCAGGAGACAUUUGAAUCUCCCACUACACAUCACUACUACUGGGGGGACCACAAAUAACUCAAAUAUUAUUGAGAACCUCUACCACACAGCAACUUCAACAGAAGAGGAGGAGCUAGAUCACCAGCAACAGUACUCGGAUGCAACAAUGGAUUCUGGUUGUCAUUCUGGAUCAGAAUUUGCAGCCCGACAUCUUCGUGCACCAGCAUCUGGAACCCCAGGUAGUACAGGAGCGAAAAUGUCAGAUGAAGAAGAAGAGCAACAAAGUACUGGAAGCAAUGUGCAGGUUACCAAUAUGAGGUCAGUAAAUGUCUGAGUAUACAAAACAAUAUCUAAGUAGAUGAAUGUCAUAGACACAUUACAAACUGAACAUUUUAGAAAAGCACAAGAUUUUGUAAGGUCGUUUGCAUUACUAAUCAUGGUAAACCCGUAUGUUCUACGUGAGAAACCUUAUGUUGUCUUGGAGUAAUUUCAAAACAUGUCAGCACACCAUGAAAUAAUAGUUCUAAUUGCUGUAACUUCUAAUUGCAAUUUGACCUCUUCCACAUACUGUAUAGAGUAUGUAAGUAAUUAUGUAGGUUGGACAAAGAUUUUGCUCUUGAAUAUUUGCAUGUACAUAGAUGUAUUUUUUCACAAACAAUUGUAUGAACCUCAUGUUUGUUUAUAGGUAAAAUAUGUUUCUAUAACAACUUAUUCAAUCUGAUAUAAUCGUUAUGUAAUAUUCAAUCACAAUGUAGUAAUGGAUAUUCUGAGAAGUUGGUCAUAUUUUUGAGGACUAUUUACUUUAUAUCAAGAAUUGAAUCUCAACCACCUAAAUAACAUGAUUAUUAAAGUUAUAAGUUCAAGUGAUAUUUCUAUAAGAACUCCCAGCAAAGCAAGUAAUGUCUUCCUAGUUGAACAAUCUUUCUUUCAAAUUAUUACUAAAUUAACAAAAACCCCACCAGGAAUUCUUCAAUCAUUUCUUACUGAAUCUUAUUAUUCACUUAUUUUCAUUACAUUCUCUUGGUGUAAACAGAUCACAACUUAAAACAAUGUAUUAAGUAUUGAUGCAUUGUAAAAAUAUUCUUAAUUUUCAUGAUAAUUUCAAUUUAUUGUCUUCUCAAUGUUAUUAUGUUUUCCAUUCCAUUACAAUUACUAAUUGUCUAUUUUUUCUGAUAGAUUUCUACUCUUUACUGCAUUCUUUAUAUUACGCAUAUCUUGAUAAUUACUGUAGAAAGUAUAACUCAAAUAUUGAAAUUCAUUACCUUAACUUUUCAAGUUAUUUGUAUUAAAGGUAAAGUUGGAAGAUAUAUUUCAUUGCACAUUAAUAAGUUAGUAUUAAUGUACAUGCAAUUUACACAUUCCAAAAAAUGCAAUUGUAUUUUUAUGUAGUAAUAGAUAACUUACACUAGUUUAACAUGCAACCACAGAUGGGAAUUCAUGUUACAUGUAACAGACAACGGAGAUGGAGAUAAAUUAACACUCAUUUUGUUUGUAAUUCUGGGCAAUUUACAAUUUUGUAAUUAACUGUUAACAUUUGGUCAUUGCUUUCUAUAAUUUUCAUUAUUUAAUUGUGUUUGAUACUGUAAAACCAAUGUAAACAGUGAAUUUUCAUUUUUGCCUGUUAUGCAUUUUGCAUGUACUAUUGAACAUUGUUGAUGAACUGAAUGUUUAAGAGAGAUUUAGGAAAUUAUGAAUAUUAUUUUUCAUUUCAAUUUCAGGCCAGUACUUUGUUUUCGUUAUUAUGUUUUAUAAUCUUAUUAGAUAUGUUCAUUGGAAAAUUACCUCCAACAAACUACCUUUCUAAAACCUCUUCAAAAAGCUUCAGUAUCUUUUCAGUACUUGACACAUAACCAUAAUCUGCUUCAUGAACAUAAAUUCUCCUUUUUGCAAGUGAGAAACCAUCAAACCAAAAGUUAAUGUAGAUAUGAAGAAAAUUAGACAAUAAAUAAAUAUUUUCUUCUAAAUAAAUCUACAACUUUGAGUAUAUGAGUUAUCAUAAUGUUUUAAGUCUCAACUUUUCAUAAUGCAAACAAAUUAACGUCUCUCCAUCAUUGACUCCAUCAAUGAUGAUUAAUUUAAUAAUGAAAAGAAGAUGACACUUCACACUGUACUCACAGAAUUUGGAAGUGCUAGUGUAAUCAAUUCAUGUCAGUUGAGGGAGAUGGUGUGAUAAGGUCAUUACAGAUUUAACACAAUUUUGUCUUAGGAGACAUGCUUACUGCUGUAUGUUUUCUUAAAAUUUUAAUUUACUUUAAUUUUAAUAAGUAUCCUAUUUGUUUAUUUGGUGUAAUCUAGAAUUAUUUUUCAAUUACCAAUUUUGUUUUGUUAAAAACCUCUUCCAAUUGCUCCUCUUACAGCUUUGUUUAAAUGCUUAAAAAGAUAUUUUAAUUAAAAAUUGUCUUCACUUAUAAAAGAAGGUAGAAAAUAUGGGGGGCAAUACUUUAAUGAACAUAAAAACUUCACAACUCAGAAAUUAAAAUACUAUUUGUUUUUUGUAGAAUUUUAAACAAAUUAUUAUUGUCCUAAUUAUGUAUUCUAAUGUUUUAGUUAAGUGAUUAUCCACAUUUGAAUCAUUAAAAUGAUGCAUUACUAUUUGUGAAACGUAGAAUUCAUUAAUUUUCUUUAGAAAACAAGACUGGGAAGCAUAAAGUCUUCCGCUAGUCUUCCUCAUAAGUUUAAAUAUUUCAUAAGAAUGGAGUCAGUAUUUAGAUUUUUUUACAUAUAUAUAAAGUAUGUCAUCCUUUUUUGGGCAUAAAAUCAGCUGAGAAUUCUUGAUGUAAAUGUCAGAUGACAUCAGUGUAAUGUGACCUUCCAUAUUUUGCAUUGCAUACAGAAUAUAAAUUAUGUUAUUGUGAGAUGUGAUUGAAAAUAUUUUUAAAAUAAAUUCAAGUUAUAUUAAUAAUAGUAAUGUAACACAAUGUAUUUUCAUUAUUAUUCUUAAUGAAAUUGAUGAAACUGUCAUAAAUUAGUUUAUCAACAAUUUUCUGUUCGCCAAAUUUCUAUUGGAAAUAGUUUAAUGUUUUAGGAUAAUUAAUACAUUUUGUAUUAAAAUAUAUUAGUUGUUGACUUUUAAAUUUUUAGGAUAUUGUAAAAAAAAUAUUCUAUGAAAAUGGAUAAUGGUUUUUCUAAUGCUUAUAUAAUAUUCUGUCUUUAUCUGAUAUUAUUCAUAAAUUUGGGUUAUUAUAGGCCUGCUAUCUCUAACCAGCAUAUUGGAUAGCUAGAUUACUGUGUAUGUAGAGUAAUUGUUAUAAAUUUCAUGUUAGGCCAAAAUUACUUUACCAUUAUUUCCUUCCAUAGUUACCUGAAUUAACUGUUAAUUUCGAAAUAGAGAAAUAUAAUUGUAAUAAUAAAAACAAUCAAGAUUUACUUAGGAAAUACCAAAACCUUGAAGUACUGUGGGUCCCUAUUAUCUGAGAAUUCAAUUAUCAAUUCAAGUGAUACUUGGUUUUGAAUUGGAGUUGUACAUUAACACAUCUUUAAACAGAUAACUGCCAUUACCGAGGAUAAUGGAGGUUCUUCUGCAUAUGAAAGCAGAUUGGGGAUAAAUGUAUUUCUUAUAUAUCAUUUGACAACCCAAUAAUAGAAUGUACAAUGACAGUUCUAACCCAAAAACAUGUUGUUUGUUUAUAGGGGGAAACAGGUUUUUUGAAAAUGUAACUUUUUUAAUUUCACCAUAAUUCACAUUGUUUUCAUUUUUUUUUUUUUUUCCUUUUUUAAUAAAAAAAAUAUUGUCAUGAAUAAAUUAUGUAUGUUUGAAUUUAUAAUUUAAUUAUGUAGUGUAGUGUAGUCAAGUGAAGUGUCUAGUUGAUUUUAAGAUUUAUAAAUUUAAAUAACUUCUCCAAGGAUGUUUAUCAGCAAAUUUUCAUUCAAAUGUAUAGUUUGUACCUUCAUAUUUUGGGGAAAGAAUAUAUAUUACUACUACCAAAUUGACUUACAAUCUUAUUAAAAUAGAAAAACUUAUGUUUUGGGCUUGUAUUUCGAUGAUUAUCUUUUGUAAGUGAUCCUAAGAGUACGAAAGAAAGAAAAAAAACAAAGAAAUAUGUUCCUGUGCAUGUACAUAUGUCCCUUUAUAAAUAACAUUGCUUUCAAAUAAAAUUAACUAAAAGGUAAGUAUUGGACCACAAUUACAAUACAUUCAUACAUUUUCCAUUAUCAGACUACUUAACCCUUUGUGGAAGAAAAUUCCAUAAUUCUCAGGCUUUGCUACUAUGCAAGAGUUGAGAGGGUCAGCGACUUUCUAUUAGUGUUUAAAUAGUUCCUGUAUGGAAUUGCAAUGUUGCCAUUUUGCCUACAACCUUACAGAGUUACACAUGAAGUGCAAGAAUUACAAUAUUUUUUAGCCAUUUUUACCCACUAAAUCCAUAAUACAAACUUCCCUUCUGGAGCAUUUUGGGCAGUUUCUGUUAAUUAUUGUAGCCAUGAGCGUUGUCAACAGAAUAUUUCUUGACAAAUAGAGUAUAUUACUGGGAGACUCCUUAGUAUGUACAUUAUUUAUUGAAUCCCUCCUCCCCUAUAAUUUGGGGUUGCUGAUGCUCAUGUCUACUGCAAAUUAUGUUAUGUUAUGACACAAGACCUCUAAUAAUCAUUAAGAUUUAUUUGUCACCAAUGAACAUUUCAUCCCAUUAGAUCUAUGAAUUUUUACAAAUAAAAAAACUAGUGUUAGUGGGAUGAUGAAAAAUAGCAGAAGUAAGUAAUUGCAUAGGAAGGUGUUAUUUUCUUAUUUAGAGAGGCAAAUAGUAAGAUGUAUGUUGUUGAUGGUUGUGUCUUAUUAAUGGGCUUGAUAUCAAAUAAUCUGCCCUAUAUUCACUUGCUUUCACCUGGAAAUGAGUGUUUCUCUGAAUGUUAAGCCUGCAACACAGUAUUGGAUUUGUGACAUUCCUGAGUGCUGAGGCAUUGAGAGCACACUGAAGAUAUGUAUUUUUGGCAUUACUUCCAAAUUUGGGGUAACAGUAUUUUCUGGACAAUCAUUUAACUAUAUUACCUUCUGUUUCUUCAAAUAAAUAAAUAAAUGGCAAUGGAACAUUUCCAGUUAACAGUUGCAAUUUUUAAUAUGCCAGGAAUUAUGAUGAACCUCUUAGAAAUAGCUGAACAGAGACUGUUUAAUCUGUUGAAAAAUUUAAGUUUAUAAAUGAUGCAAAAAUAUUUUGCCCUAUACAUUUUCCUUAUUAAUAUUUAAUUUAUUGAGUUCUUAAAAAAUUAAAAGUGUCAUCUGUAGGACAUUUUAAAGUGCUGUCUCUAGUAGUAGAGAUGUAAGAGUAAGAAUCCGUGUACAUUCUCAAUGAAAUAAGGAUUCUUACGAUGUCCCUCGUUCCUUAAUAAAACUGUACCACACAAGAUACUGGCUGUUUAGGACAUUAAUUCCCAGUAUUUAAUAAAAUAGAUGCAAUGAUGCAAAUGUGCAGUAUUGUUUAGAAAGCCCAGUGACUACUUAUUGUACUUACAUUUUUCUCUAAAUUUUAUCACUGAUGCUCUUAUUGCAUAAAUAUAUAAUGUACUUGUUAUGUUGUAAUGUUUUUCAUGUAUGUAUACAUUUAAGUGAAAGAAAAACAUUCUUGGAAAAAAUUAUUCAAAUCAAAAAUUAUUCAUUGAUGUGGUGAGUGCUGUUUUAUUCAUGCUGAUGGUUUCAUUUAUAAUAAAUUGCAGUUGACAGUAAGGGUGAAGACGCCACAUGUACUUGUUACUUGAAAACUACCAAAGCUUUGUUGUGAAGCAAAUACUCUCAACUAGGCAUUACAAAUAUCUGUAUCAAUAUUAUAAAUAUAGUAGUUAAAGAUCAAUAAUAUGUCAUAAAUACUCAUUAAAGUUACUCUAUAGAAUAUUUAUGUUGAAACCUCAAAUAAACUAGUGUUUUGCAGUCACAUUAACUGAUGUCUAAUGAUGUGAAUUGCAUUACCUGAGUCUUUGUAGUAUUUCUUACCUCAGGAAGAAUUAUUAUUCUUGUUAUUCUAUUUCUAUUGGAUGUUAUGUUAAAUAUAAUUGUGUCUUGUCUAAUAGAUUACCGAAAAUCUAAUCAGUGACACAAGAUAAAGUACAACCAAUGAAUAUAAAAAUGAUAAGUACCUAAGGAAAACUGUCUUUGUAGCACAAGAAAAUUAAUUUUAAUUGAAGUUGUAAUAUGAAAAUUAAUUUUCAUGUGAUAAAAAUUGAAUCAACAUAAUCACUAGUUUAUACUCAUGUUUAUUUUCUCAUCAGUAUGUUUAUUUUCUCAUCAAUUAAACAAUAUAAAACAUUUAUUUUAUACUGAGAUUACUGUGAUAUGUGAUUCCAGACCCUUUCAUAUAUGUGAACUUGGCUUUGUUAGAUUCAGUAAUGAUUCUUGCCUCCUCUCUCUGUAUUGAUCAUGUUGAAUAUUGUCUUGAUAUUUCAUUUUAAAUGAAAAGUUUUUACAUUUGUUAUACAUUAGAUUAAUGAAAAUGUUUUGUUAAAUUUUGAAGACUGUAUAUUGUUAUUUCAUGAGAGUUUAUUGAUAAGGCAAUAUAAUUUGUGUGUAUAUACAUAUAUAUCAGGACUUGCUUACCUUAAUGUGUCUCUGAAUUGCUUCAUGAUUUAGUGUUAUAUGCAAUGGUGUAAUAGGUAUUAUUAACUAUUAAACUUAUUUAUAUAAGUAAUUCCAGAAGAUGAUCAGGAGAAAAAAGACAUGUGCAAAAUGACAUACAUAAACGAUAGAAAUUAUGUUGUAAAUAUUUCAUUUCUUCAAAAAAUUAACUGUGCUCUUCACUAGAAAAUAGUUUUCACUGACUGAAAAGUAUGCAUUAUGUGUAAAAGCAAUUAAUUGCAAUAAAAUUAAUGCAAAUUAUUGUAAUGAUUGAAAACUAUUAUUGAAUGAGAGUAGAUUGUGAAUAUGCAAAUUACUAAAUGCUUUAAUGGUUCCUUUAAUAUCAAAAUUGUUCUAUACAGUUUUAGGUGGUACUGAUGUACUUUGAUGUUAAAAGUCCAUUAUGUGAAAAGUAAAAUGAUUUUAACAACAAAUGUGUAUAGAUGGUAGAGUGCAAGUGUUCUUUGUGAUAAUAUGUAAAUAUGAUGUAAUGUAUGAUAAACUUACACAUUUUUAUAGUUAGAAUGUAAUAAAUGUGCAGAUAUGUAAAGCAGAAAAUAUCAUUGAUUGAUUUUAUUAUGCCUAGGUUACAUUUAUAUUAUAAUUACAGUUUCUGUCACUGAUUUUAAUUUCCUUAUUUCUUUCAUUUGUGUAUAAUUUUUAUGUACCAUAUAAUUCUUUUUUUAAAUUUAUUUUUGCUCUACUAUUCUGGUUUACUGACUUUUUUAAAUAUGAAACUGGUUUUGUAAUUUCAGCUAAUGACAGGAGUAAUUCUCUAAUGAUAUGAUGAAUAUUUUAUUUAUUUC